AUGGCGGAACUGUCUUCAAACUGGAAGAAGCUCCAGGCAAAGGCUAACUUUGCCAAGCAAACGCACUCACCAACCCUGAAGCGAAAAGCUGAAGAGGAAUUAUCAAACGCGCCGAAGACACCCAAAGUUUCCGGGAAAGGUUUUCAGACCCUGUCACAGCCAUCAAAUACCAGGGCUAAGAGGGCUGCGAAUAUGGGUUCUGUUCAUAGUUCUAGGGCGCGAGCUGAAGUACCCCAUGAUCAGGCACCGUCACUUGGUCUCUGGGCAACAGAACAAGAUAUAUCGAGCGAGGCGUUAGCAGAGGCAUAUGGCCUAGGUAUCAAAGAGAACUCGAUGAUGACGCCUUCUCAUUGCGAUAGAGUCAACCACGGACGCUCGCCUGGCAUUGAUAUCGGGAAAUACGUUGCGGUCGAUUGCGAAAUGGUUGGAGUUGGUCCCGGGGGGCAUGAGUCAGCUCUUGCUCGCGUCAGUUUAGUUGACUUCCAUGGACGGCAAAUUUACGAUUCCUAUGUGAAGCCAAAGGAACGAGUUACGGACUGGAGGACGUCGGUGAGCGGCGUUUCACGAAAGGAAAUGAGAUUUGCGCGAGAUUUUGAUGAUGUUCAACGUGAAGUAUGCACUAUCUUUGAAGGGCGCAUCUUGGUUGGGCAUGAUAUUAAGCACGAUCUAAAUGCCCUGAGGUUGAGUCACUCCCCCAGAGAUAUCAGAGACACUGCCAAACAUCCUUCAUUCAAGAAAUAUGGACAUGGACGGAAACCUGCUCUGCGAGUACUGGCCCGAGAACUGCUCUCCAUCGAAAUUCAAGAUGGUCCACACUCUAGCACCGAGGAUGCACGCGUUACGAUGCUUAUAUUCCGCAAAAACAAGUCGAACUUCGACGUCGAUCACGCAAACCGCUAUACACCGACGACCCCUUCCGUCCUGGCAAAGAAGCCCAAGAAGCACCGAAAGAAACGCUAG